CGCUAGUACAGGAGUUGUCCUCUGCGUACUUCUAUGACACCUUUUGUGAUCCGGAUGUUCAUGACCUUGAUCGAUACGCAAAUGAUGUACAGCCUAAAGUUUUGUCAUCAGACGCAAAAAGUCAAACACAUAUGGAUCCGCAGUUGUCCGAUACGGUUCGAAAGUCGAUCCUGCGACGCAAAAACACUCCAAGAUCUACUUCAGCUUGCGAUUCUUUUCCAAUACGAGUGCUCAUAAUAUUAAGCGGAUCUGAUAGCGGACGUGAUGAAAUGAAUUUUUCCGUGUCUUAUCGAUGAACGAAAUUUCAUUUUCCGUUCAACCCGCUCUCGUAAAUAAAACCGUAGCUUAGCUGUUGCCACAAUUUUAUCAGGUCGUACUAGCCGUAGAUCGAUUUGGUUCACUAGGCUGCGGUACGGAGACAGUAGUAAGAAACAGAAUGUUUCACUAAUGAAGAUUUCGCUUGAUCGAUAAGGAUAACCACUUCCAUAUUUAUUACCAGCGACAACUUUGCUCUAACUGUAGCGACCUGCGGUGUAGUAGUACGUAGGAAGGUCGUAGACAAGGAGUUAACAUAUUUUUACGCCUUCCUCGUCUACGACAUAUACUUCCGACCCACGUGUGGAAAGCAGAAUCUUCGACUGUGGUAGUGGUUUUACUUCUUUUAUUUCUGGCAACUUUUUGUUGAGCAACCAUUUGAAUAAAGCAGAAAUAAAUUCCGCAAAAAUGGUGGAGGAAAAGAAGGACACCUCGGACCUGAUUUUUCCCCCGCCCGACAUGCGGGGGAUCAUCGAGAAGCUGGCGGACCACGUUGCGAAGCACGGUGUCGACUUCGAGAAGCGCGCCCUCCGGGAGAACAACGAAAAGCUGGCCUUUCUCCGGGAGAACAACCCGUACCGCCCCUACUACGAGUACCGCUUGGCGGAAAUAAAAGCAAACCACGACAACUCGCUCGCCAACGGGAUAAGUGGCGUGGCGCCCUCCAAGCCCGUCGCGUUGCAGGAAAUCGAGCGGGAGGAGGAAGAAAAAAAGCGGAAAAAGGAGGCGAAAAAGCUAAAGGGCGGCAAGGCCGCGAACGUGCUGCCUCUCGCGCUGGCGGACUUCGCGGCAAACCCGAGUUACGACACCUCCGCGGACCAGGCCACGGCGAACGGGGCCGCCGCGGCACCAGGAGCAGCGGGUCUCGAUCCGUCCCAGCUGCAGUUGGCAAAGACCGCGACGAACACCUCCCACGUGGCGGUGUCCAGCAGCAAAGUGCCGUUUUACGCCAAUGUGCAGGAACCAGCCGCGGACGAGUACACGGUGCCCUACUUCAAAAUGGCCCCGCUUGACAUGGACAUCAUCAAGGUGAUAUCCUGUGUAACAACGUCCCCAACCCAGAGUUGUCAUGCAAAUCUCCAUGCUCAAAAUGUUUGUCAUGCGGAGCCCCAUGAGAGGCAUUCUCUGGUCGUGUUUUGGGAUUUGUAAUGAGCCAAUCAGCAUGAUGCGCUAGAAGAUCUGUGAUGCUGCUGCACAAGCUGAACAGGAUUACACUACGAGGCCAAACCUGUCAUGCGCAACAGCAAAAGCUGACAGAUGUGUCUAGCAGAUUGCCCAUCUUGACUCUGGUGUGGGGACGUUUUAACUCAGGAUAGAGGACCGCGCAGUUUGUCGCGCGCAACGGGGGCAGUUUUCUGGAGGACCUGGCGAACCGAGAGGGCGGGAACCCGCAGUUUGAGUUCCUUAUCAAAUGCAAAAAUCUCUGGGUCUGGAAGAGUGCGCGACUUGUCAUGGAGCUUUUCCAUGACCCAUGAGGUCUGGAAUGCAGGACCUAGCAUGACAGAUGCUGCGCGAUCUCUCUCAUGCCUAUCCUGCAUGACAAACUCCCUCACGACUUGGUCAAAACUGGCAGACCUUUGGUAAUCCUGCAACACAGAUUUUUGCAUGCUUGAGAUUUAGCAUGACAAGUUGUAUUCUUCCAGACCCAGACAUUUUUACAAUCCAUAUUCCUGAAGCCCACGAACCACCUGUUCAGUUAUUUCACGGGCAUGUGUGACGCCUACACAAAAGUCCUGACCAACCCAACGACAAACCAAAACGGGGAGCACCUGAUAGAAUUGAGGAGACUCGCGACGGACAGAAAUUACGUCAUCGAAAAGGCGGUGGAACGAUUCAAGUACAGUACGAGAUAGUUGUAGUUUUCUUGAUGUGUGUGAUUUUUCUAUAAUUUUUGUACAAACACCGAUUUCUAUUUCCCGAAGAUUUGCAUACCUAUGCAUGAUGUUGUCACAGGCAGUUAAGUAGAAGUACUCCUUCUUGCAUCAUAAGAAGUGAACUUGUGUUUGCCGAUCCAAUUAUUUUGUUCAUAACUACCCCGUCACCACAGGUGGGACGAAAAGACCAAGCGGGAGAAGGAGACAAAGGAAGUGCUCCACCAGAAAGAGCGUGCGGUGAUGGAGGCGAUUGACUGGCACGAUUUUGUGGUGGCAGAAACCAUCACUUUCACCGAGGAGGAUGACAUCAUUCCACUUCAAGCGCCGAUCGACUUCAGAAAAUUGGAACUCCGCGCCGCGAAGGCCCUGGACCCGGAAAUGAACCUGCCUCAGGUAAUCGCGGAAGAAGAAAGAAUGGACUUGAGCGACGAAGAGCUAGACGCAGACGCGCUCGGGGAGGACGUUUUACGUACUUUGUCUACAUGUUUCCUCUGGUUAAUUUGUACAACAAUGUACACGGUUAUAAAAUUGUUCUUUUUGUCAUGCAAAUGGAUUUGAAUCUGCAACUUUAGGGCCGCGUACAAGAAGGUCAAUGUCUUUGUAUGGGUUCAUACUUGAUGUGCUACCCGCAAGCUGCUGCGUCGCAUUUAGAACCGCUUUUUAUCGAUGAGAACAAAGAAACGUAUGAUAGCAACAAUACUACAACCCCAGCCGUCGUCGAUUUCGAGAGCACCGUCGCGUCCGGGAAGCUGCAACUGAAGCAGCCGCCUCCCGUGCCGGAGAAGAAGGUCGUGGAGAAGCCCAAGGAGCCAGAGGUGCUGGAUCCGCAGACCAAGCUCCCGAAGGUGCCGAUUCCAAAGGCGAAGGGGCAGGCGCUCACGUAUCAUGAGAAAAAAGUGUUACAGUUACACAUUUGUUGGAGUUUCUGCAUCACAAAUUUUCUCUGUAUGGCAGAGAAAACUUUUAAUGCGAAGAUCAUAAGGGAAAACAAACAGGAAGGAAACGAGGCUCCCAAGCAUUUCCUGCAUGAGAAAGGUUGUCUGUGUUGCCGGUCUUGCAACACAAGGUGUAACUGUAGCACUUUUUUCUUGCGAUAUCACGGGGGCGAACGUCAGUCGAGCGAAGGAGGUACUGGAUGAAGAGAUCGUGGUGCCAGACAACGUGGUAUUGCAAGGAAAAAUCUCCCCUCCCCCUAUUGAAAACGCAUCCGUCCGAAAAUUUGUGAUGCAGAUUUGUGACCACAGAUCGGGUCUGUCUUGCAAGAGCGCACACUCAUGCUGUCCGCCAGCACGCUAUGCAAGCGAUUUGUAGUGGUAUAAGACCUACAGUGUAGCCGUCUACCAUGCUAGGCGCCUACACCAAAAGGCCCCGCCUAGGCUCAGAAUCUGCGUGCAUUCCUCUAGUGCAACACAAAUUUGAUUUGUGUAUCCAAAUCCAGCAUCAGAAAUUUCGUUUUGAUGUGGGGCGGUGGGAUCUUUCCUUUUGAUACGUGGUAGACUUCGAGAACGUCGUGGUCCGAACCGACUACGUGAGGAAACGAGAGAGGAACGAAAACAAGGCGAUGCAGGUGUGUCCCCUGACCGGGCAGAUGGUGGCCGCGGACGAUAUGGCUGACCACAUGAGGAUUCUGCUGAUGGACCCAAAGUACUUGUGAUGUUACUAAACAACUCUUUUUACGACUUUCAACUUUCACGACUGGUGAAAAGGUCAACAAGAAAUUCUAUCUCUGUAUGAAAAUUGAUAGGAGGUCUUCAUUUUUCGAGCAUGAGCAACAAACUGUUCUUGACCACGUCUCUGCACAACUGCGUGUAUCGUGAUCUCUUUUUCAUAAUACCUUGUCAGGUACAAGACGCAGCGGGAUAAGGCGUUGGAGAAGGCGAAGUCAGAAAAUUACUACAUAAACGACGUGGAUUCAAACCUCGGAGCCUUCGCCGCCAUGAGGCCCGAUUUGUUCGGUACCAUCGAAGAGGAGAUUGCCGUGGCGGCAGACGAAGACGAGGAAGCCAUGGCCAGGGCAGCAGGCGCGGAUGCAGGUACACAGGAGUAGUCGAUUUUUCUUGUAAGGAUACUAAUUAUGCAUCAGAGACGAGGAAAAGAAAUGCGAGCCGUUUCUUUUCUCGUAGUACGAUUUGAUACGGGAGCACCACUAUCUAUGAACUUCGUAGAAGCACUACUAGUACUAACUUGAUGUUUCACACAACUUCCGCCCAGGUCCCGCCCACACCGUGUACAACCCGGACGCCCUCCGGGGCGGCGUGCGCCGCGGCCCGACCGGCGUGGCCGUGCCCACGAACGAGGCCCCGGACUCCGGUGAGGAGUCCGACGGGGAACCCCCACUGAAGCGACAGAAGACCAUCCAAAACACGUUGAUACUCGAAACCGAGUUCAUUUUGCGAAAUUCCGACGCGCCCGCGGUGUUGCUCAUUCAGGUGUCGAAGGACCUGCAGUCAAAAAUCAUCCAGUCCUCCGACGGGCAGAUUUCCAUCCCGUCCGAGCUGGAGGUCACGUUGAAGGUGACCACGAAAAUCGGAGCGUUAAAACAGUCGCUCUGCGGAUCCCUCGGGUGCGAGCCCGACAGCGUCAAAUUUAUCAACGCGGAGAACGACAUGGUGCUGUAUCCUGUGGAAAGACAUCCCCACCCCAUAGCUGUCAUGCAAAUCUGCAUGCUUAAAAUGUCUCUCAUCCGGAGCCCCAUGGGACGCGUUUUCUAGGUGUUUUUUGGAAUUUGUGCUGCUCAAAUCAGCAUGAGGUGCUGGAUUUGUGAUGUUGCUGUCGCACUAGCUAAACACGAGUACACUGCUCGCCCAAGCUUGUCAUGCGUAACAGCCAAAGGUUGUUGAUUUGUCUUGCAGAUUUUCGAACUUGGCUAUGGGUCGGGGACGUUUUUACAUACGAUAUGCUGCGCGCCAACCGCACGCUCGCCUAUUACAACGUCGGAAAAGGUGGGCGGUUACGGCUCGAGGCCCGGUCCAACUUUCUCAUUCCGCCGAAAACGGCCCCGCCCGUGGUGAACAUGGCGCUGAUCCCCAGUGGCCAAAUGAUGGGCUAAGAAGCUGCAGCAGGGACGCCAUGAACGACGAUCAUACGAAUACCAUUAUAUAUACCAAAUCGGCGAAUAUAAGAAUUUGAUUGAAAAAGAAAAGAUACCAUCAGGAUAUUUCACAUCCAACGACAUGUCAAAGUAGUAAAGUGCGGUACGAUGGUCGAGCGAUCAAGUACCAGGGCCCAGUUGAUGAUUGAGAACAUAAAAACAUCUUCACGUCCUCGCAUGUGAAAAAAAUCGACGGGUCUGGUAGCUUUGUACUGUGCGCAGUGCAGUCGUGCCACCGUAGUUGUAGCAGCUGUUAUAUUUUGUCUCGAUGAUUUCGGGGCGCCGGCCGCAACAUGAUCAGGCAAAGACGUCGCUGUACUGUCGCUACCUCACGCAGGACAAGUACAGGCAGUUUGUUUGGGG